UCUGCCCAGCGCGCGCCCACGCCGGCGGGUCGGGCAGGGUGGGCUCCGGCGGGCGGGCCGGCCUUCCGUGCAGUUCCACCCCGCGCCGCAGGCGGCAGAGGCGGCCCGUCCCCACCCCGGGACCUCCAUCCUGCUUCCGUCUCCGUCAGACGCGACCAAGUCGGCGCGCGGGGGGGCGGCCGCGGAGCCGGCGGCCCCGGGCCCAGGUUGCGGCCCGAGAGGCCGUCCCGCGCGAGCCGCUGCUUGGGGCGCGCAGCAGCUGUCAGCCGAGGCGCGAGGGGCGCUGCCGGAGCCCCGGGCCUGGCUCUGGCGACGCCGCCGUCCCCCCGCCCGGCGGAGGCCCGCCCCGGAAGCCGCCGCGCGGCCGCGCUCGCCUCGCCGGGGCCUCGGGCUGCCGGUCGUCGGUCCUCCGUGCCCGCCGGCCAUGGGGCUCCGCGGCGACGGCCCGGCCCGGGGGCGGGCAGCCCGAGCGUGGCCGCGGCGCUCCGGGGGCCUCGGCGGCGGCCUGGCCGUGUUCGGGGCGGUGGCGGCCGUGUUCACCGCCACGCUGCCGCCCUCGGUGCCGGGGGGAGACUCGGGGGAACUGAUCACAGCCGCACAUGAGCUUGGAGUUGCCCAUCCUCCUGGCUAUCCUUUGUUCACUCUGGUGGCUCAACUGGCAAUUACCCUGUUUCCUUUUGGUUCAGUUGCUUACCGAGUCAAUCUUCUGUGCGGCUUAUUUGGAGCAGUAGCUGCAUCAUUACUUUUUUUCACCGCUUUCAGGCUUUCUGGCUCAUAUGCUGGAGGAAUCCUUGCUGCGGGGGUGUUUUCAUUUUCUCGUCUAACAUGGCAGUGGUCCAUUGCAGCAGAGGUUUUUAGCUUAAACAAUCUGUUUGUGGGGCUGCUUAUGGCUCUUACUGUACAUUUUGAGGAGGCAGCAACUGCAGAAGAAAGAUCAAAGAUAGCCAAAAUUGGUGCUUUCUGCUGUGGCCUUAGCUUAUGUAAUCAGCACACAAUAGUGCUCUAUGUUUUGUGCAUAGUACCAUGGAUUCUCUUUCGACUUUUAAAAGAGAAGGAACUCUCCCUGGGCUCUUUGCUGAAGUUGAGUCUGUGCUGCUUUGCUGGUUUGCUGCCCUACACCUACCUUCCCAUCUCAUCCUACCUCAAUCAAGCCCGUUGGACCUGGGGAGACCAGACAACGUUGCUAGGCUUUUUGACGCAUUUUCUCAGGGAAGAAUAUGGAACAUUCAGUCUGGCCAAAUCUGAAAUAGGAUCCAGUAUGUGUCAGAUAUUGCUUGCUCAGGUAACAAAUAUGAGGACCCAACUCUCAUUCAACAUUCAAGCCCUCGCAGUCUGGGCAAAUAUAUGUUUAGCAAGAAAGGACAAACAGAACCCAUCAUUAGUAUGGCUUUUUACUGGGAUGUUUUGCAUUUAUUCAUUGUUCUUUGCUUGGAGGGCAAAUUUAGAUAUUUCAAAACCACUUUUCAUGGGUGUGGUCGAGCGAUUCUGGAUGCAGAGCAAUGCUGUGGUGGCCGUCCUUGCUGGUGUCGGUUUGGCUGCACUUGUUUCUGAGAGUAAUCGAGUGCUGAACACCAGUGGGCUUCAUUAUCUGGAAUGGCUUUCAGCAACUCUCUUUGUAAUUUACCAAAUAUAUUCUAAUUUCAGCAUCUGUGACCAAAGGAACAACUAUGUGAUCGAUAAAUUUGCAAAGAACCUUCUAGCCUCUAUGCCUCGUGACGCAAUUAUCUUACUCAGAGGAGAUUUGCCAGGAAAUUCUCUCCGUUACAUGCAUUAUUGUGAGGGACUGAGACCAGAUAUUUCAUUAGUGGAUCAGGAAAUGAUGACUUAUGAGUGGUAUUUACCCAAGAUGGCCAAGCAUUUACCAGGUGUCAACUUUCCUGGAAACCGGUGGAAUCCUGUGGAAGGAAUAUUACCUAGUGGAAUGGUCACAUUUAAUCUUUAUCACUUUCUUGAAAUAAAUAAACAAAAAGAAACAUUUGUUUGCAUAGGAAUUCAUGAAGGUGACCCAACCUGGAAAAAGAACUUUUCGCUGUGGCCAUGGGGUUCUUGUGACAAACUAGUUCCUUCAGAGAUUGUAUUCAACCCUGAGGAAUGGAUUCGACUUACGAGAAACAUCUACAACUGGACUGAAGAAUAUGGAAGGUUUGAUUCUUCUUCUUGGGAGUCUGUGGCCAAUGAGGAGAUGUGGCAGGCAAGGAUGAAAACACCGUUCUUCAUCUUUAACCUGGCAGAAACGGCAAGUGUGCCUUCCGAUGUGAAAGCCCAGCUCUACACUCAGGCCUACACCCUUUACAAGGAGAUUGUCUACUUACAAAAGGAACACCCAGUGAACUGGCACAAGAACUAUGCCAUCGCCUGUGAGCGGCUGCUGCGCCUUCGGGAAGGAGGUGCAGACCCUGAAGUCUUGUUAUCGGAAACCAUCAGACAUUUCCGCCUCUACACUCAGAAAGCGCGGAAUGACCCGCAGCUCGCUGCUAUUUUAGUUGCUCUGAAGCACCUGAGAAAAGAACUGCAAAGUCUGAGAAAUACAAAAAAUGUCUGAGACAGCAAAACGUGAGAACCCGCUCCUCAUUCAGCAUCAAAAUUCUGAAGUCCGAACACUUUCAUCCAAGAACAGAAACCGUAUAAAAAUUGAAGACUAAGUCACCUCCUAAAUAAAAGUAAUGUGGUGCAGCAGCACUGUUUAACGGGGGGUUUAGUGACUGAGAUGUGCUGUUAAUGCAAGUUCUGUUUAUCCCACGUUACCAAACUAGCAUUUCAGUGAGAAGCUGUCAAAAAAUCUUCCCACCUCCACAGUCUUCCACCAAAUGACUAUGCUUGAUUAGAUUCUAGAAGAGAAUGAACUAUUUUCAUACACUUAAAAUAUCAACUGCGAGUCUUCACAGGGCCCUGAUUAUUGGCAUUGGUUUUGAAGGUUAAAUUCUGAAAACGUUAAUACCAGACCAAAGACACUCUCUAUUUCCCAAAAGUGAAAUCUUUUUUUUCUUUUGAGACUGAAUCUUGUUAUGCUUCAAGUUAGAAUGCUUCUUUUUCUUUUUUUUUCCCUCUUGUGUCUGUGGUUGUUACAUAAUCUCACACUUCAAGCUAAACACAACUGGGUGAUACUUUGAAAAAAAGUUGAGGUAUAUAUUUGAUUGUCUUAGAUAAUUCUCUGAAAUCACUAAAACCUAAAGCUAAUUUGUUGUUUGCUUUUUUCUCAGUUGCAUAAACUGAUUGGCAAGUAAAAAGGAUUUUGUAUUUCCUUAAUUAAUUUUAUAUUUGUGUUUUACUUCUAUUUGGGCUCAUAAAUCUUGGCCCAAUAAUUAGGCAGCUCCUGCUGCCAAAAGGAAAAAAAACGGUGGAGAUUGGGGGUAGGGGACGGGGAAGUGGUUCAAUGAAUUCAUUUCUGUUACAAGCAUCUUUUAUACAUAUUACUAAAGAGAACAUAGUAAGAAAUGCAAAUAACAGUUCUUUAUUUUAUUAUGACAGUUAAUUAAUAGCAACUUGUUUUAAUGAAUAAAGUCAGUCCGAGUGCUUCAGCACUUCCUAAGGAAAGGGCAGAAUCGGUGGGGAUUCUUUCGCCCAGUUGCGGAGCUCCUAGACUCCAAGCACUGUAUAGAAAUGCUCACUAAUGAAGAGGGAGGGGUAGAAGCCUGUCUGCAUUCAAAGAUCACUGGUGAGUCAUUCAGCAAGAAAAGGCCCCUUACCAGGAAUAGUCACAGUUCCGUGGCAUUGUACUAGCAAAAGGGUCUGAUCAAAGGUCUCCUGUGGAGCUUGCAUGGUUCCCUUUCAUACUACGACCAUAAUUAAAACCACUAAUUCUCUUUUAAAAUGCUGCAGGAUGCCAUGUAGGCAUCUGUCUGGAGUGUCCUUUGUGAUGUCAUAAGCUGUUAAGGACCAGUGCCGAGGGCUUUUGAGUGAAAUGCCAGUCAUGAAGGUGCUUCAAGACAAGGGUGCCUCGAAAAGCUUGACAGGGCCUUGACUGCACAAUUCGAGCUGAAUUUGCCCCUUGUCAGCUGCCAGUAAAUAAAUCUCAAAGGGGAAAAGCUGAAGUUUCAUUACCUGAUCCGUGGGGCUUUGUUGGUUUUGGCAUCACACAGGGGAAGCCCUUGCCCCGCAUUCUCUGGGUUUGAAGAUGUCCACUGGAGCCUGCAGUGCCUGGACGGGGUUCAGAGCGGGACCUUUUGAAGAGUGUCAAUAGUUGUAACAGUUCAGCUGUUAGGAAGACAAAUAAAUGGAGGAGCUCAUUAAUCCGCUUUUGGCUCUCAGUGCCUUUUGCCCUUUUAUCACAGCCUUAUUAGGCUCCUACUCAUCUUGAACCAGAAAAAAAUGAAUUGAAGUUGUUGAGUACUAAUUGGCAAAGACUUUUAAUCAUGGGCCAAGAACUUUCACUGACUUGAAAGUAACUUCUCCACAGGGAAGAACCAAAAACCUGGUUUACCUUAAAACAAAAACCUGUUGGAGUUCAGUGUGGUGUAAAAAUUUAAGGAAGCAUUGAUAAAUUGUCUAAGUUUAUCCAUUUGAAAGAAAUUAUGUAAGAUUAUGAUUUCCGCUUAAAAAAAAAGUACAAUAAAAUUCAAAUAAACAUUCCCUGGAAAA